CGGAAAGAAAAAUAAUCCCUUUCAACUUCUCUUUGACCCCUCUUGAGCUACCUUCCCCUCCUCUCCUCUCCCCUCCUUACGACCCUCACGACCAGUAUAAGGACUCUUGCUUGCUAGCUCUAGUGACUCCUUAAAGCUCCAUGUCUUACUCCGAAAGUUCACCUCCGCGUUGUGGCAAUAAGCAGAAGAAGACUUCACGUCACAAAGUCUCCCGAGCCCUUUCUGCAUCAGAGAUAUCUAAAAACAGUCAUCAUUUCGAGAUAUGGUGUACCUACCAGAACUUGGAAAGGGCGGCUCCUGAAGAUAUUCCUGAAAGCUUUAGGCAGGACGUUGAAAAUGUCUUCGAUGUUAGCGGAAAGUUGCCCCUUGUAUGGACAAGAAAGGAGUCCGAAGAGUAUAAAUUGCUGUCAACGUUUGCUCCUCCAGAUUUUAUUGCAUUCAUCGCCGAAGCCUACAACGAAGAUCCUUCACUUUUCAGCGCAAAAGUUGGCGAACCCCCUUCAGCUCUUUAUCUGCCUUUGACAACGGUGUUCACCGCUUGGCAACGUCUCAAGUCCAUGCUAAAUUCAAGUCAGAGAUGGUCUGAAGCAGAUUUUGCCGAUGCUUACGCUCAAUUCCGAGGUCCUGCGCUCAAAGAAAGCACACGACUCAUGCAGUGUAGCGUCAGCCUCCCUCAACCACUGCAAACCCCUGUGGAUCUUGAGGCUGCACGAAUUCUGAAUACCAAGAAAUCCAUUCCCGACUGCGUUGUGAUGAUACCCCCCGAGUCGAUCCGUCAUCUCUCCAAUUCGACAGAUUCUGCUUUCAAACGGCUCAAAAAGAACAAGGCUGUAAAGAAGACUGGUAGUGCAGUGAAGAACUCUUCUUUCGCCUACCAAGCUACUGUGUGCCACUCAAUUCCUGACACGCCGGCCUUUGAGUUUGUUAGCAGUGUUUGGGAGGAUAAGAAGCCUGUGCACAGUAUGCCUGAACAUGCUUACCGACAAAACAGGAUGUCGACAGCAUCUGCCGCUCGACAAUUGCAUUCUAUGCAUGUGGAUGCUCCUGUAUUUGGGCUUACUUGGACUCACGGUCAUAUUAGAGCUCAUGUAGACUGGUGCCAGAGGCCUCAGCCCGACGAACCCCCAGUGGUGUAUUCUGCUCCCUAUAUUCGCUCUGUUGAGUCAAAGAUCCCCGCUGACAACCAGGAAUAUCAUCAAUGGGAUCUCACACGCGCCAGCGACAUCUUGCGUCUCCAUUUCCUGAUUGUUAAUAUCGACCAAUGGACCGUUGGAGGAUUCUUGAAUCGAGUAACUAGCGGAGUCGCUGCGCUUGAGAAGAGCAUUGUCGAGGAUGGAAAAGCGUUUGAGCCAUGGAGGCGGUUUGGUGACAUCGUACCGCGCGCUCGACGGUCUCUUACUGCAAUGGAGAAUGCGGAGUUAUCUGCUAGUGUUCUAACGUGUUCCCCGCCUCCAAAGCCCAAACGCAAGUACGGGUCUCGGACAGUACAUUGACCAGACGUUGGCCAGAUCUCUAAAGCAAUGUAUUAUAAUGUAACGAUCAUACUUAGU